AUAAAACAAGUUUAACUGUGCCUUUAAGGGGAAUGCAGGAGGGGUAACCAAAUCGCCUUAUAUCUGUUUUAGAAGUAUUUAAAAAUCAUUUAUGCUUCCGGAAGAAAUGACGCUAAGGUUAUGAAUACCUGCGUACACAGUCACUGACUGCAGUUCUUUAUGUUUAGUACAUUUAGACAGCGUCAUUAUAACUGGUCGAAAUCGCUUUGAAGUGGCUUUUAAUCUGGACGGUUUCUUCAAAGCCCCUUUAAGAAGUUGAAGCACACACAGUGCAAGCGACGCCUUGAGAGUUCUGACUUUUUGUUGUUGUUAUUUGUUUGUUUAUUCCGUUUAUUUGAACUAUGGCUGAGACAUCGAAAGGGGUCAACGCCGGGAAAUUGGCUAGUAAUGUACAGAAAAGAAUAAACCGAGCACAGGAAAAGAUGAUGCAGAAGCUUGGGAAGGCUGAUGAAACCAAGGAUGCAGAAUUUGCAGAGAUUGUGGCUAACUUUAGCAAGCAGAUGGCAGAAGGCACUAAAUUGCAGAAAGAUCUCCGAGCAUACCUAGAAGCAGUCAAAACAAUGAAUGAUUGCUCAAAGCGCCUACAAUGCUGCCUAGUAGACAUGUAUGAGCCAGACUGGGUUGGGAAGGACGAAAUGGAUAUCAUAUCUGAGGAAACGGAUGUUCUGUGCGGAGAUUUCCAUCAGAAGCUUGUGGACAGUGCACUCAGCUCAAUGGAUGCCUACAUGACCCAGUUUCCUGAAAUUAAGGCACGCAUCGCUAAACGUGACAGGAAGCUGGUGGAUUUUGAUAGUGCCAGACAUCACUUUGCCUCUAUACAGAAAAGUAAAAAGAAGGAUGAGGCCAAAAUUGCUAAGGCAGAGGAAGAGAUGGGAAAAGCCCAAAAGGUGUUUGAAGAGAUCAAUUAUAACCUUCAAGAGGAGCUUCCAUCUUUGUGGAACAGACGUGUUGGUUUCUAUUCGACCGCCUUUCAGAGUUUAGCCAGGCUGGAGGAGAAUUUCCACGGCGAGAUGGCCAAACUGAAUCACCGUCUGUGUGAUAUUAUGACCAAACUUGUGGAACAUCAACAGACUAAUGAACUAGCAGCCAACCAUAACGUCACAGCGGAGUCUGGGUCUGACGUAACUAAACAAGCAUCUAAGACACUUGCAGACACAUUGGUAACCAACGGCAGGUCUAAUGUUGAUCUUCCACCGGGAGUUAUCUAUAAGGUGAAAGUAAUCCAUGACUAUGCAGCCACAGACAAUGAUGAGCUGGACCUCAAAUCUGGGGACAUCGUGCUUGUAAUGCCCUUUGUCAGCCCUGACGAGGAGGAUGACGGAUGGUUGCUAGGUGUGAAAGAGUCACAUUGGUUUGAAAAUAAAGACCUUACUGCUAAAGGUGUAUUCCCUGAAAAUUUUACCCUGAGAUUGUAAACAGGGUGUCUGUGCUAUUUCUGUCUAACUAAUAUCUUUAUUUUGUUAUUUGCUCACUUGUAUGUCUUGUUCUGUUUUUAUUUUUGGUUUGGAUAAAUAAAUCCAUCCCUAGGUUUUGUUGUAAAUUAUUUCCUGCACUGUGAUAUAAUAGCUGGAGGUAGAGUGCAUUAUAAACAUCCCAUUUUACAGCAAUCUUUGAAUGUGACAGUAUUACAGUCCACACUUGCAGUGUGGUGUGUACAUUUUAACAUUUCUCUUGUAAUUGUGCAUGUAAUUGGCUAUAAGUUUGAUUGUUAUAAUGAGCGAAAUCAACAUUUGGAACACUUGUACUUGGAACAGUUGACUAGUACUUUUUCUGCCUAAGUUGUGAUGUAAAGCAUUACUUUACUUAUAUUUCAGGAUUCAGUUUCACUCUAACCACCAGGAGGGAGUAUUUAUCACCUGGUCAUUUUCUUGUGCAUAUACAGUCGUGAAAAAAUUAGGACACCCCAUUAAAAAUGAAGUUCUUUAUUAAGAAAUGUCAGCUUGUCAAUUUAAUUUGUUUUAAUUUGUACCUGUAAAGGAAAGUGAUUGCUUGUAAACAACAGCAACAAAAAUUCACUUUUCACUUUUUAAACAAAAGAAAUCAAUAAAAUGAGUAUUUCAACUGAGGAAAAGUUUAGGGCACCGUAUGCCCUAAUAGCUAGUAUUUCCCCCUUUAGCUGAAAAUAACCCCAAUUAGAAGUAUCUUAUAGCCAUCUACCAGUUUCUGACAUCAACUUUUACGAAAGUUUUCACCCACUCGUCAAUGCAGAAUUCUUUCAGCUGUGUGAUGUUUCUUGCAUGUCCGUUUCAGGUCAACAGACAGGAUCUCAAUAGGAUUUAGAUUUGGGCUUUGACUUGGCCAUUCCAAAAUUCUCUGUUUUUUACUUUUCAGUGAAUCCUAGUUGGAUUAAGUGGUUUGUUUUUGUCAUGUUGCCAGGUCCAGUUUGACUUUAGCUGCAAUUUUUUGACAGAUGGUCUCACAUGAUCCGCAAGUGCCUUCUGAUAAAAUGUAGAAUUCAUGGUGGAUUCUAUGAUGAUGAGCUGGCCGGGUCCUGCUGCAUCAAACAUCCACAAACCAUAACACUUCCACCUCCAUGUUUAACAGUUGGUAUGAGGUUCUAAAAUGCUGUAUAUGGUUAAUGUCAAACAUGUCCUAUGUUAUGGUCUUCGAAUAAUUAAAUUUUAGACUCAUGUCCAAAGCACAUUAUUCUAAAAGUCUUUUUUCCUUUGUCUCUGUGCUCUUUUGUGCACUUCAGUCUUGCCCUCAUGUUUUUCUUAGACAGCAAAGGUUUCCUCCUUGCACACCUCCCAUGAUAAAGUUGUUCUGUCUCUUUCUCAUUGUAGAUUCAUGCACAACAUGAAUUCAAGUCAAACAUUUACUGUAGCAAGAGCUUGUUAUAGGUCCUGUGAUGAUAUUUUAGGGUUUUUGGAUACUUUUUAAAGCAAAUUAAGAGCAAACCAAACUAAAUAUCUAUGAUUUAAAUAAGGCAAACCUUCUUCAUAAUGUUCUGUAACAAUAUUCUUAUAAUUUCACCUGAUGUGAUACACCUGUAGGUAAUUUUAUUCAUUUUAAGUACAAACAAAUGUGGUGCUUUCCUUAAUUUUUCCUCUCAAGACAUUUUGAAUUUUUUUUAGUGAUUUGCAAAAAGGACCUUUCUUUGGUUUUAUUUGUUUAGUUAUAUUAUUUGAAUCUUCCGAUAUUGUUAAAAUGAAUCCAUCAACAUAGUUAAAACCAUUAAAAAAAACGCAGGCUUUUGUGGGGUGUCCUAAUUUUUUCAAAUGACGAUAUAAGACAAAUAGGCCAAGAUUUGAUUAGAUUUCUCUACUGCUCUCUUCAGCAGCCUCCUAGGCAUCAGUAUACAGUCACAGUAGGAUGAGUAUAUUGAUUAAAUCAAAACACCUUUCUUGCCAGUUCUAGGGAAGUUGGUUCCUUAUAGUAUAGUUUUUCCCAGGUGUUAAUCACCAGUCCCUGGUAGUUAGACAAAACUGGAGUCAACCCAGUGUGAAUGUGUCAAGAAAUUUACAGGGACAGUUAGCCAAAUGUAUUUUAUAGAAAAUACUACAUCAUAUGGUCACUAUGUCUCAUCAUGUGUGCAUAAGAGGCAUCCAGGUUUUAAAGACCACAGUUGUCUAGUGUUCAUAGACCCAUGGUUAUAUGUGUAACUAGCAUUUUAUUGUUUGUUUGGUAAUGGUAGUUAUCAGUACAAUGUUCACAGCACUUGUCUGUAACUACUGUAAUUGAUUAUAUUGUAUUAAAAUGG